AUGUUCAAUAAAAUCAUGAAGAGAGGCCACCGCAAGGUGGCAAAAUCGGAUGGCACCUCUGUUGACUAUGUCUGUUCUCCGACCGGACGGAGCUCCGGUCCUGUCUCUACCUCCAAUGUUGUUGUUAACCAUGCCUCCCGUGGUGGCCUGCCACCUGUUUCAUCCCAAUUGCGACAACUUCCCGCCACGGCUGGAAUGGUUCCUCUUCCCGGAACCAUUGAGAAUCUACCUAUGUUCCGAGAUGUCCCAGUUUCCGAGCGGCAGAGUUUAUUCUUGCGGAAACUCCAAAUCUGUUGCUUCCAAUUUGAUUUCUCGGAUACCCUUAAGAUGGUGAGAGAAAAGGAGAUUAAAAAACAAACCCUCGUGGAGCUUGUAGAUUUUAUUCAAUCUGGGUCAAGUAAAAUUUCUGAAACCAAUCAAGAGGAAAUGAUACAAAUGAUAUCCUUGAAUAUUUUCCGUUGCUUGCCCCCAGCCUCCCAUGAAAACACAGGGUCUGAAAAUAUAGACCCCGAAGAGGAAGAGUCUUUCCUCGAUCCCUCUUGGCCACAUUUACAGUUGGUUUAUGAAUUGCUACUGCGAUAUGUGGUUUCAUCUGAUACAGAUACGAAGAUUGCAAAACGAUAUAUUGACCAUUCUUUUGUGUUGAAGUUGCUAGAUUUGUUUGAUUCCGAGGAUAUGAGGGAGAGGGAGUAUUUGAAGACAAUUCUGCAUAGGAUAUAUGGGAAGUUCAUGGUGCAUAGGCCAUUUAUUAGGAAGGCAAUAAAUAAUAUUUUCUAUCGGUUCAUAUAUGAGACAGAGAGGCACAGUGGAAUUGGAGAGCUUUUGGAGAUUCUUGGAAGUAUAAUUAAUGGGUUUGCACUGCCAAUGAAGGAGGAGCACAAAUUGUUUCUUGUGCGGGCUUUGAUACCACUUCAUAAGCCCAAACCAGUAGCAAUUUACCAUCAGCAGUUAUCCUACUGCAUUACUCAGUUUGUGGAAAAAGACUUCAAAUUGGCAGAUACCGUUAUAAGGGGUUUGUUGAAGUACUGGCCAGUCACCAAUUGCCAAAAGGAAGUUCUUUUUCUUGGGGAACUCGAGGAAGUUUUGGAGGCAACCCAAGCUCCAGAAUUCCAGCGAUGCAUGGUCCCUCUCUUCAGACAGAUUGCUCGUUGCCUCAACAGCUCUCACUUUCAGGUUGCGGAACGAACACUCUUUCUGUGGAAUAAUGAACAUGUAGUAAGCUUGAUUGCCCAGAACCGGAAUGUCAUUUUGCCAAUUAUCUUCGAGGCUUUAGAAAAGAAUAUCCAGUCCCACUGGAAUCAGGCAGUACAUGGUCUUACCGUCAACGUUCGAAAAAUGUUUUUGGAGAUGGAUGUGGAGUUAUUCGAGGAAUGCCAAAGGCAAUAUGCAGAAAGGGAAGCAAAGGCAAGAGAGUUGGAAGAACAACGAGAACUGAUGUGGCAGAGAUUGGCCGCUACUGCUACUGCACAAGAAGGCUGA